AUGAAACAACUAACUUCUUAUCCUCUGCCUCUCCCCUGCAUUUUGAACAGAGUAUUCCUUUUGCUUACAACAAUGCCAUCAUCCUCUAUUCUCUUCACUUUUCUUGUACUAUCCCUCACAAUUCUUUGCUCUAAUGCUCAGGGUCCACCUUCACCUGGCUACUACCCUAGCUCCAAAAUUAGUCCAAUUACCUUUAGGCAAGGCUUUAGAAACCUUUGGGGACCUCAACAUCAAAGAUUAGACCAAAACUCAUUAACAAUAUGGCUUGACUCUAGCUCAGGUAGUGGAUUCAAGUCACUUCACUCCUAUAAAUCCGGAUACUUUGGUGCUGCAAUUAAGCUUCAACCUGGAUACACAGCCGGAGUUAUUACUUCUCUUUAUCUAUCAAAUAAUCAAGACCACCCUGGAAACCAUGAUGAAAUCGACAUUGAGUUUCUUGGCACUACACCAGGUAAGCCAUAUGUGUUGCAAACAAAUGUAUAUAUGAGAGGAAGUGGAGAUGGGAACAUUAUAGGAAGAGAGAUGCAGUUUCAUCUUUGGUUUGAUCCAACUCAAAAUUUUCACAACUAUGCUAUUCUAUGGAAACCAAGUGAGAUAAUAUUCUUAGUGGAUGAUGUUCCCAUAAGAAGGUAUCCUAGGAAAAUUGAUGCCACCUACCCUUCAAGACCAAUGUACCUGUACGGAUCAAUUUGGGAUGCAUCAUCUUGGGCAACAGAAGGUGGAAAAUACAAAGCAGAUUAUAAAUACCAACCCUUUGUUGGAAGUUACACAAACUUCAAAUUACAAGGUUGUACCAUUGAAAGCCCUGUCUCAUGUCAAGCACCCUCUGUCUCUGCUGGCUAUGGUAGCCUUAGCCCUCAACAAUAUAGGGCAAUGCAAUGGGUCCAAAACAAUUACAUGGUCUACAAUUAUUGUCACGAUCCGAGAAGAAACCACAAUCUUAUUCCCGAAUGUUAA